GUGCAUUUAAACUUGCUACUCAUGUAGCAGAUUCACUGCCAAGGGCAUAAUGGUAUGACGAUUGGAAGUCAUCCUUCUGUACAAACACACUCAAACAGCAUUGAGUUGAAGCCCGGAAGGCAGUGGGUGCAGUAGCUAUUGAAGCUGAUGGCUGGAAAAUCAGGGUCAACGCCAACGACAUAUUCACCGUCUCCAGCAACGCGCAAGAAGAAGAGAAUCCCCAUUGCUGAUGCUGAUUGGGUUCGUCCUGAUAAUCGUGGCUUCUAUCAGUGCCGUCCUGCUUAUCUGAGGACUGGUGCUGUGAGUACAGCUGCAGGAUCAGCAUAUGCAGAGUUUGGAAACACCAAGGUAAUCGUAUCUGUGUUUGGGCCAAGGGAAAGUAAAAAGGCAAUGAUGUACAGUGAUACAGGACGCUUGAAUUGUAAUGUUAGUUACACAAGUUUUGCCUCCCCUAAUCGUGGGCAGGGAUCCGACAACAAGGAACUUUCUUCAAUGUUACACAAAGCUUUAGAGGGUGUUAUAAUUCUGGAUUCCUUCCCAAAAACUUGUGUGGAUGUUUUUGCUUUGGUAUUGGAAUCUGGUGGAAGUGAUCUCCCCGUGGUCAUAUCAUGUGCUAGUCUAGCUUUAGCAGAUGCAGGAAUUUUGCUAUAUGACUUGGUUGCCUCAGUUUCUGUAUCUUGUAUUGGAAAGAACUUUGUCAUUGAUCCCAUUUCCGAGGAAGAAAGCUACCAAGAUGGAAGCUUAAUGAUAACUUGUAUGCCUUCGCGUAAUGAGGUCACUCAACUGAUUGUAUCUGGAGGAUGGUCAACACCAAAGAUUAACGAGGCAAUGGAGCUAUGUCUUGGUGCUUGCUCCAAACUGGGAGAGGUUAUGAGAUCGUGUUUAAAAGAUGUUGUCACUGAUUUAAAAGAAUAGAGCAUUCUACUUUGUGCCUUAGCGUAAUUAAGUCUCUACGCUUGUUUUUGUCAUCUCAAAAAGUGGAAGUUCUUUAGGUGUCAUACAUCCUUGUAGAAAAAAAGUUGGCAUGAUCUACCCAUCACUAGCUGCAACAGCCAGCCCAAUCAAGUUGUGAUCUGCUUGUAGUAUAUAUGUGCUUGAUUGUGAAACUUGCAAGUUGUGUGACAUGAAACAUGCAAAUGUUUGGAUUAAAACUUAUGUGAACCAAAACAAGUAACCUUUUUUGAACAUUUAAAUUCCAGUUAUUAUACAAGAAGUUGUUCAUUCA